CGAAAAAAACCCAUACAUUUACAAAAAUUUCACUUCUCCCCCCCUCAGCGGAAUGGACUAGUCGAGUGUGUAUGACGGAGGAGUGACAUCAGUUUUCCGCAUCGCGAGAAUCGCUUGUCAGUGCUGAAGAGAGCAGCUGUGCUCCUCGUAACAAUGGCAGACAUACAGCCCGAUCCCUCUACUCAGCCGGAGCAGAUGGAUGAGGACGAGCCCUUCUUCAGUAAUCUGGACCUCUUCCUCUUCUCUCUCAUCGCUGGCCUGCUCAUCUACUGGCUGAUAUUCCGCAAAAAAACAGAACCCAUCCCAGAGUUUAAAAAGCUAGAGACUGCGACUCCAACAACAAGGGACACCAGUUUUAUUGACAAAAUGAAGAAAACGGGCAAGAACAUUGUCGUGUUUUACGGCUCACAGACGGGCACAGCUGAAGAGUUUGCCAAUAGACUUGCAAAAGAUGCUCAUCGCUAUGGCAUGAAGGGGAUGGCAGCGGACCCAGAGGAAUAUGACAUGGGUGAGCUCUCUCGUCUGGCUGAGAUUGACAACUCUUUAGCGAUCUUCUGCAUGGCCACAUAUGGAGAGGGCGACCCCACUGAUAAUGCUCAAGACUUCUAUGAUUGGUUACAGGAGGGCGAUGCUGACCUCAGUGGAGUUAAAUAUACAGUGUUUGCACUGGGCAAUAAGACAUAUGAGCACUAUAACGCCACAGGAAAGUAUGUGGACAAGAGAUUAGCUGAGCUGGGAGCGCAGAGGAUCUUUGAUCUGGGAAUGGGAGACGAUGAUGGAAAUCUUGAGGAGGACUUUGUGUCGUGGAGAGAGCAGUUUUGGCCGGCUGUUUGUGAACACUUUGGAGUUGAAGCAACUGGAGAAGAAUCCAGCAUCCGUCAGUAUGAGCUGAAGGUACAUACUGAUCUGAACAUGAAUAAGAUCUACACUGGAGAGCUGGGACGGCUCAAGAGCUUUGAGAACCAGAAGCCGCCUUUCGAUUCUAAGAACCCUUUCUUGGCACCUGUCACUGUGAACCGCAAGCUCAAUAAGGGCGGUGAAAGACAUCUGAUGCACCUGGAGCUGGACAUCACAGGCUCUAAAAUCAGAUAUGAAUCAGGAGACCAUGUUGCUGUGUAUCCCAUCAAUGACACAGCCAUAGUGAACAGGAUUGGUGAUAUCCUUGAUGUGGACCUUGACACUGUUAUCUCCCUCAACAACCUUGAUGAGGAAUCCAAUAAGAAGCAUCCAUUCCCCUGCCCCACCACGUAUCGCACCGCCCUGACUCACUAUCUGGACAUCACGAAUCCUCCACGCACAAAUGUUCUUUAUGAACUGGCACAAUACGCCACUGACCCCAAAGAGCAGGAGAACAUGCGUAAAAUGGCCUCUUCCUCACCCGAGGGCAAAGCGCUGUACCAGAGCUGGGUGCUGGAAUCAUGUAGGAAUAUUUUGGCUAUUCUUGAGGAUUUGCCAUCUUUGCGGCCACCCAUUGAUCACCUCUGUGAGCUUAUGCCACGACUGCAGGCCCGCUACUAUUCCAUUUCAUCAUCUUCCAAGGUUCACCCCAACAGCAUCCACAUCUGUGCUGUAGUGGUGGAAUAUGAGACUAAGACUGGUCGUGUCAACAAAGGAGUUGCCACUAACUGGCUGAAGAACAAAAUGCCUACUGACAAUGGACACAAGGCUACAGUGCCCAUGUACAUCCGCAAAUCUCAGUUCCGCCUGCCCUUUAAGUCCACAAACCCAGUGAUAAUGAUCGGACCUGGUACUGGUAUCGCACCCUUCAUCGGCUUUAUUCAGGAGCGUGGCUGGCUCAAAGAACAAGGUAAGGAUGUUGGAGAGACAGUGUUGUACUUUGGCUGUCGUCACAAGAACGAGGACUUUCUGUACCAAGAGGAGCUUGAGGAGUUUGAAAAGACUGGCGUUCUGACGGCACUCAAUGUAGCUUUUUCCAGGGACCAGGCACAGAAGGUGUAUGUACAACAUCUCCUGAAGAACAGCAAGGAGACUGUUUGGAAACUAAUUCACACAGACAAUGCCCACAUCUACAUCUGUGGAGAUGCCCGAAACAUGGCGCGGGAUGUACAGAACGCCUUCUAUGAGAUCGCAGAGGAGCUGGGCAGAAUGAGCCGCACUCAAGCUGUAGAUUACAUCAAGAAACUGAUGACUAAAGGACGCUAUUCGCAGGACGUCUGGAGUUAAAUGAUCUUUCAGCUCUGCAACAUUCCUCUUCUCUACAUUCCUGAUGUUGUGAUUUUUAUAAGAGUUCAAAUGUGUUUGCUAUUAUCAUUCUGACAUGUUUGUCUAAGAAAUGAAAACACUGACACACAUUCCCUCAUUCUAAAGUGAAUGAUGUAAAAGAAAUGUAUAUUUAAAAAAAAUCACGAUUUUAACAUACUAAUCAAACACGUUAUGCAUGGAACUUUAUAAUCAAAUACGUGGUAUGGGUUGUAAGCAUGAAGAAACUUUAACUCACUGAAAAAUGUUUCUUCAUGGAGUAUGAUGAGAAGUUGACUGAUAUUCAAUGAUGUUCUUGUCUUUUUGAAAACCUUCAGAGGUCAUAAACAGUGCAAACAUGCAGUUGUACUAUGAAGGUGGAUCACACUUUUUUUUUGUUUUUGUAGUUCUCUAAAGCAUUUUUAUUUUUUUUUUUUAAUUAUGGCUGAACAUGAAUGUAACCAUUUCAACCUGGAUGACCCUCACAGAUUUAAUUUUUCCUUUAGGUGCUCAGAAAUGCUUUCCCCUAUUCUUAGCUCAUAAUUUCACUGGUAAAGACUACACUAGUUGUAACAGACUUACCCAUUGUAUCCAUUGUAAGUGUGUGUGUAUAAUGCUGAGACACAGACAAGGAAACAAAUGCUGGUCUGAAGAACUGAUUUGUCAAGCUCUUGUGCCUUAUUUACUGUGUAGAUUGCGUCAUUAGUGGAACUUGAAGACCAGCAUCGCUGCUGAAAAGUUUACUAUUUUGGGAGAUGAUAGAAUUAUAUGUAGUAGUAGUAGUUGUUAGUUGUUGUUUGGGGCAUCAUCAAGUUUUAUAUGCAACUAUUGUUUCCAGUACAUUACAACUAUUUAGGCAUAUCUUUUUAAUGAUUAAAUUUAAAUUUAACAUCA